CGUCGUGCCAUUGCCAUCUCGCGGUUCGCGGCGAAGUGUGCGAGUGCGCGUCCGUGUGUUUGUGUAGUGCGGUCGACAAGACGAGAUGUUCAUCUGACAAAUCGUAGACAUGUCAUCCAACCACGCCGUCAUGAACGACUCCAAAGAGAACAGAACAAUCCCCGAGCUACCGGACUCACCAAAGUCUUCGAAAAAGAUUCACGAUUCACCGAUCAAGACCGACUUCGUCACAAAAUUAGCGGAAUCGAUCCAAACCCCUAAAUUGACUCCGAGGAACACACAGAAUUUGACUCAGUUGAAAAUCGCUCCGGAGAUGAAAAACGGGAAGAUACCACCUCCUUCACCAUCAGCGACCCCUAGGACUCCGAGGAACGUCCUGGGAAAACCGGAAGAACGACCUCUUCUGGGACCGUCACAGAAAAUAGUCAUAGUACCUCUGGGGAAAAGCGAGGGAAGAGCUCAAGUUCAAGUGACGGUGGGAAGUACUAGCAGUGACUCCAGCGACGGAAAAGGGACUCCCCCAAGGAAACGAGCGAUGAGUUCGGGGAAAAGAAGACCAGACGUUAUCAGACCAAGGGAACCUGGCGUGAGGAUGUCACCGAGUCUAAAGUCUCUGAGAGGUCCUGCAGAGCUGGGGAAGAUUCGGUGCAACGCCUCCUGGGCGAGCUUUACCUUCCCGGACCCUUCGUCGACCAUGGGACGUCCCUUGAGUGACGUAGUGUCGGUCCGGUCACUGGCGUCCAUCGGGAUGGGGUCCACGGACGGGAAGAAACUGACGAUCCGGAGGGUACCCACGUCACCCACGGAACUGCUCAAUAUUGUUGAACCUAAGAAGUUGAUCGACGACGACGACCUGUCGUCCUGCACCUCCUACACGGGGACGUUGAGCGACGCAGGCACACACUACCGUCCCCGCAGAGACCACUGGGCCAACAAGCUGCAGUUCAUCCUCGCCUGCGUCGGCUACAGCGUCGGCCUAGGCAACCUGUGGCGCUUCCCCUACCUCUGCUUCAAGAGUGGAGGAGGUGUGUUCCUGGUGCCAUAUUUCCUGGUGCUAUUAUUAUGUGGCGUACCUCUGCUGUACAUGGAGUUAGCUGUGGGACAAUUUACCCGACGAGGUCCCAUUGGUGCUCUUUCACAGCUCUGUCCAAUGUUCAAAGGGGCGGGACUUAGUAGUGUGGUGGUUUCUUUCUUCAUGUCCACCUACUACAGCGUCAUCAUCGCCUAUUUCCUAUACUACUUCUUCACCGCAUUCCGUGCCAACGCGCCAUGGACCGACUGUGGUAACCGGUGGAACACUCCUCAAUGUUGGCAGCCCUCGCUCAACACUACGCGGCCAAACUUCUCUCAAUCUCCUUCAGAGGAGUUUUACGAUCGGAAGGUGCUGCAGCUGUCGGCAGGUAUAGACAAGCCAGGCACAGUUCGCUGGGAGAUCGCAGCUUGCCUGUUCCUGGUCUGGGUGAUUGUCUACUUCGCUCUGUGGAAAUCCGUCCGUUCGACCGGCCGAGUGUUGUACGUAACGACUACGUUACCGUUCGUUCUGGUGCUGGCGUUCCUCGGCAGAUCCCUCACACUAGAGGGCGCUGAUUACGGACUCCAAUACUUCUUCAAGCCUAACUGGAUUCUUCUUUUAGAUGCUAAGGUCUGGGUGAAUGCAGUGGCACAAAACUUCAAUUCCAUCGGGAUCUCGUUUGGUUCCGUCAUCUCGUUUGCAAGUUACAACAGAUACAACAACACGAUACUGGUGGAUACAGUGGCAGUGUCGUUGAUAAAUGCAGUAACAAGUCUCAUUGUGGGAAUCUUCGCCUUCGCCACUCUCGGCAACAUUGCACGAGAACACGACACGGAUAUCGAGCACGUCAUCACAGAUGGUCCAGGAUUGGUGUUCGUGCUGUAUCCACAAGCCAUGGCCAGAAUGCCUUUCUCCAGUUUCUGGGCUGUUCUGUUCUUCUUUAUGCUGCUCUGCCUUGGAUUAAACAGCCAGUUUGCCAUUGUGGAGGUGGUGGUGACGUCCUUACAAGACGGCUUCCCUAACUGGAUCAAACGCAAGCUGGUUUGUCAUGAGAUCUUGGUGCUCGCCGUUUGUUUUGUGUCCUUUCUUCUAGGACUUCCCAACAUUACACAGGGAGGCAUUUACUUCUUCCAACUAAUGGACCAUUACGUGGUGACGACCGCUGUGGUCUAUAUCGCCAUGUUCGAGGUGAUCGCAGUGUGUUGGCUGUACGGAACUGAUCGCUUGUCUCGGGUCAUACAGCACAUGACCAACCAGCAGCCCUCGUUGUAUUUCCGAUUCUGCUGGACCGUAGCGGCCCCUCUGCUCAUUCUGUGUGUGCUCAUCUUCAGUAUAGUAGACUACGAGCCACCCACAUACAACAACGGCAACUACAGAUACCCGUGGUGGGCCGAGCUACUAGGUUGGUGUGUGGCCGGUACAUGCCUACUAUGUAUACCUAUCACAGCUGUAUACGUACUGUCCAGGGUUCAGGGCGACACUAUAGGAAAAAAGCUAAUAGCAGCCAUGACACCCCGAUGCGACGACCUUAGUGAAGCCAACAGCAUCGAAGAGUUGGGAAACGAACUAAAAGAAGUGAAAAGUAUAGAACCACACGCUCACUCCCCGCUACAACCCAAAACUCAGCCGAGAAUAGAAAUCAUGAAGAAAUAGUCAUCAGCACAUGUAUAUGUUUGUUUAUGUAGAUAGUCACAAACUUUAAACUUGAAAAAAACUCAUUUGUUGUCAAAGUAUCGUCAUCACAAGUAGUUUUUAAGACUAGACCGAGUAGUAGGGAGCAAAUAGGAUUUAGUUGUUUUAUAUGAUAAUAGUUGAAUACAAGUCGUAAUAUUAAUGUAAGUUACAAAAAUAAGUAAUAUUUGUGUAGUUUACAAAUUUGAAAUUCCAAAAUGUGUGCGUGUACAUUUUGGUGUUCCAAACGUUGAAAAUUUUAUAUUUUAAACUAGCAAAAAGAUAUUAGAUUAUUUAAAUAGCUGCUGUCCAGAUUAGGUUAUUGGCUUCUAACAUUGAGAUUGAUAAAAGCUUUACAAAUACUCCUUAAGAGUAUUAAAAUAAAAUUUUAAUUUUGUAAGGAAUUGAUGCAGUUAAGAGAUAAUUUGUUAAGGCAAUACAACAUAAAUAUUUUAUUAAGAACAUCAAUAAUGCAUAACGCAUCUUGAAUAGUCUAAUUUCAAGUUUUCUAUAAAAGUCAUAAUUUUCUCAAUUUGUGUGGGAUGUUAAAUUACAAACGCUUUUGUCUUUUAAUCUAUCUAAGAAAAAGUAUAAAAGAAAUAUAGCCCUUUUCGACAAAUGUACUGAUUGCUUAUCUUAUCUUAUCUUAUCUGACAGGGGCAGGUCGAGACCUUAAAGCACUUCAUCCGAAAUCGAAUUAUUGCGCACCCCAGAUACUUAAUUGCUUUCUUGUUGACCUACAAGUUGAGGCGCCCAAUGAAUGCCUGUAGCUUCCCAAUUAGUUCAUCCUCAGGAAGAAAUCUACCUCUAGCCAUAUUUCCAAGAGUUAUCAAUCUAGCGUCAGAGAGCUCA